AUAAAACAGACUGAUUUGAUAUAUGUCCUACUGACUGAAAGUGGGUCCUUACAGGCUGUAUUUUUACCAGCACUUUAAUCAGGGCAAGUCUUUUCAAUGAAGCACUGGAAAUUCAGUCUAUGUGGUUGGUUUUUUCUUCUUCUAAUGUGUUAUGAUCUUCUGUGAAACAUUUUACAACUGCAUCUAUCAAUAGCAUUAGCUGACUGGGUGAGAUAGUGGAAGCAACAUAAACUUGAAUGAGUUCUUGGAAUUGAUAAGUACUCCGCAGAAAAUCAUCUGGAGCAGAGGAAUAAAUAUCACAUGUGGUAAGUUGUGUUAAACCCAUUAUGGUAUUCCCUGUCCAAACUAUGAGGGUUUUAAUUGUGGUGCUUGUCUGACAGGAAAACUGUUUUUGCUUUAAUUUUAUUUAACAAGAAUAAGACAGAGGUUGCAGGGGCUCUUACUGUACUCUUUUUGGCACCAGCUAAUAGCAUUUUUGUUUAGGCAAGCCUAUCUAGAUAUGUAGAAUGUCAACAUCUGCUUUUCAGUUCACUGUUGAUUUUAACAAUUUUUAUUUAAAUUGUUGCUUUAAACUUGUUUCUGCUGUUGGUUUUCUUGUUUUGCUAGUUUUGUAAACCACUUCAAGAUUCCAUUGCAACCAGAGGGGAUAUAAACCUUGUAAAAUAAAUACCACACAAAUAUUAGUGGCAUGCAGCAUGAGUCGUGCAAGCUAGCUGAGGAUAAUGGCAGUUGUAGCCCAAAGUACCGAGAGGACAUCAAGUUAGAGGGGAGGCUGCUCUACAGACAUCUGGUCUCCCAGCCCAGACUUUGCUAUUUCACUGCCUUGAGAGUAGCAGCUUCUCCCCUGCCCCUGCCCCUGCUACUUCCUUAUUUCCUACUCCUGUUGGUGGGCCAAAUUUGACCCAGAGCUGCCUUCCUCAACCUGCUCACUUCUUCCCAAUCUUUGUGAGGGCAGAGUGCUUUCUUUGCACACUGGCCUUGAGCCAAAGCAACUGCUUUACCCCAUCAUCCCAGCAGUGAAGAGACCCUGGAAACCCCCAGAGGCGAGGGGAAAUUAAGCAGGGGGGCGCAUCUGAUUAAAAAUAUAUGAAUGAGGACAAAAUAUUCCUCUCUUGUGCCCUGUCGGUCUACACCUUUGACACCAUCGACCAUAACAUCCUUCUGGACCGUCUUGAGGGGCUGGGAGCUGGGGGCACUGUUAUACGGUGGUUCCGCUCCUUUCUCCUGGGCCGUGUUCAGAAAGUGGGGGGGGGAUGAGUGUUCAGACCCCUGGGCUAUCACUUGUGGGGUGCCUCAGGGUUCCGUCCUCUCCCCUAUGCUUUUUAAUAUCUAUAUGAAGCCGCUGGGAGAGAUCAUCAGGGGGUUUGGGCUGGGUGUUCAUCAGUAUGCAGAUGACACCCAGCUCUACCUCUCCUUUAAAUCAGAACCAGUGAAGGCAGUGAAGGUCCUGUGUGAGUGCCUGGAGGCUGUUGGAGGAUGGAUGGCGGCUAACAGAUUGAGGUUGAAUCCUGACAAGACAGAAGUACUGUUUUUGGGGGACAGGGGGAGAUUCCCUGGUCCUGAAUGGGGUAACUGUGCCCCUGAAGGACCAGGUGCGCAGCCUGGGAGUCAUUUUGGACUCACAGCUGUCCAUGGAGGCACAGGUUAAUUCUGUGUCCAGGGCAGCUGUCUACCAGCUCCACCUGGUACGCAGGCUAAGACCCUACCUGCCCGCAGACUGUCUUGCCAGAGUGGUGCAUGCUCUAGUUAUCUCCCGCUUGGACUACUGCAACACACUCUACGUGGGGCUACCUUUGAAGGUGACCCGGAAACUGCAAUUAAUCUAGAAUGCGGCAGCUAGACUGGUGACUGGGAGUGGCCGCUGGGACCACAUAACACCAGUUCUGAGAGAUCUGCAUUGGCUCCCAGUACGUUUCCGAGCACAAUUCAAAGUGUUGGUGCUGACCUUUAAAGCCCUAAACGGCCUUGGUCCUGUAUACCUGAAGGAGCAUCUCCACCCCCAUCGUUCAGCCCGGACACUGAGUUCCAGCGCCGAGGGCCUUCUGGCGGUUCCCUCAUUGCGAGAAGUAAGGUUACAGGGAACCAGGCAGAGGGCCUUCUCGAUAGUGGCACCUGCCCUGUGGAACGCCCUCCCAGCAGAUGUCAAAGCAAUAAACAACUAUUUUACUUUUAAAAGACAACUGAAGGCAGCCCUCUUUAGGGAAGUUUUUAAUGUCUGAUACUGUACUGUUUUUAAUAUUCAGUUGGAAGCCGCCCAGAGUGGCUGGGGAAACCCAGCCAGAUGGGCGGGGUAUAAAUAAUAAAUUAUUAUUAUUAUUAUUAUUAUUAUUAUUAUUAUUACUAUGAUGUCAGGCAUGCCAUCUUCUGUGACGCCCAAUAUAUGGGGGCUUUGAUCACUACACACAUUCCAAAUACAGUGGUACCUUGGAAGUCAAACAGAAUCCAUUUCAGAAGUCCAUUCAACUUCCAAAACGUUCGGGAACCAAGGCGUGGCUUCUAAUUGGCUGCAAGAAGCUCCUGCAGCCAAUCGGAAGCUGCAGAAGUCUUAUCGGAUGUUUGGGUUCCAAAGAAUGUUUGAAAACCAGAACAAUCACUUCUGGUUUUCGAUCGUUCGGGAGCUAAAACGUUCGACUCCCAAGGCGUUUGAAAACCAAUGUAUGGCUGUACCCUUUUUUCGCACUGCUCUGUAGAACCACAGAAGGCUGUACGUUUAAAGCAACACUUCCCACUAAAACAGGGACAAGGAAACUCUGGUCUUCCACAUGUCAACAAACUCUCAUUCCCAUCAGCAUAGCACAUGGUUAAGGAUAAUGGAAGUUGUCAUCCAUCGACACCUGGAGGGCCACCAAAGUAAACUAACAAAUCAUCUGUCAUGAACUGGCAGGACAAUGGGGAGGAGGCAGAGGAUUCUUGUGAGAGGUGUAACUUGGACUGGGACACACCGGGGCGGGCAGGGGAUGGGGAAGGAAGUACUCACAGGGUGACGGAGGAUGGAGAGGGGAUGAGGGUCAGUGUACAUGAACCAGAGCAGAAGGACCCAUCAUCAGAACCAGAGGAACCAUCUCCACAAACACGGAAGGCUCUGAGGCAUAGGGAGCAGCAGGUGGGAUGCUCUAGGAUGUAGGCAACAGCCCACAGCCUAGCUCACUAACUAGCCAAGGGGGGCUUGCUAGCUCUGGAAGGAGAUGUGUAAUUCCUCAGCCGGAGUAGGCUUGGAGCAGGUGAGGGUCACAUGCCUCAUCAAGCCCAGAUGCUGCAGUCAACAGGCAAAGUACAAAAGCAAAGCAGAGCUGAGGUGCUGUGUCUGCUUAGCUGCCCAUGUUGAAGGACCUCAGCCUGGAUGCUCCAGGAUUUCAGUGGCACUGGGCUUCGGUUUGGACAUGUGGAUUGACCCUGGACUGAGCACUUGGCAUGCUGGCUUGCUGCCAGGUAGGUCCAGGGGUGUUGCUGAACUACAGCUCCCACUAGCCCCAGCAAGCAUGGCCCAGAUGGUGGCAGCUGAAGUUCAGCAACAUCUGGAGAGCCAGAGGUCCUCCACUUGACAUAAGCUGGCUGUUGACCAACAUGUGGCUGCCUCUUCCAUGGAAGGGCUAUGUUCCAUGGAACAUAGUGAUCAAAGCUAGUGGUUUAAGAAUGACAUAUUUUCACAGGAAAGUGAUUCAUCUACCAAGAAGCUCCUGCUCAUUACUGAGGAGCGUCCUGAGUUGCAUGCUCAGAUCAUGUGUGAUGGGGCUCCCUACCACCCCACGUGAACUGAGAGUGCACUUACAAAUGCCCAUCACUUCCUUAUCGCUGUGGGUUACAGGGGAAGAUGUAUUUAUUUAGCCAGGCAGGCAUUUAAAUACUGCCUAUUCAACAAAGUUCUCUCUGCGGUGGGAGGUGUGCAAGUUGUAUUUCAGAAAAGGUUAUCGGUCAAAGCUGUCAGUCAGAGCCUCUGAUAAGUUUCUAAAGAACCUAAGGCUCCCCUGAACUACUGUUUCAAAAUCACAUAUCUAAAUCAUGGAAACAUAAAAUUUAAAUACAGGAAUGGGCACUCCACUCUGGAUCCUGGUAAAUCUACCAGAGACAUACUUGUACAAUUCAUAUAUGGCUAACACAACAAAUGUUUUAACAAUAUUUCACAAACCAUUAAAACUGGAAUGAGUGCUUGAUUAUUUUUUUAGUUACUUUGAUCUCGUAGAUGUCAGUGAAACCAAAAUGCAUGAAUCUGAGAAAUCUGGUUUAUUCAGUUUGUGUACUUUCCUCCUAAAGUUCUGGGAUAUUUUUCCUUCAUCACAGCCUUCAGUAACAUUAUUUUCUAAAUUAGAUUUUGAUUCUUUCUGAUGUCUUUCUACUGUGGCAAUGGUAUAUAAUUACAGGACUUCUUAUUUACAAUCAGUUGAAAAUAUGUAAUAUGUAAAAACUAAAUAAGCCAUAGUGCUUCUCCCACCCUUAAGUCAACAGGGUCAUGAUCCAAAACUUCCAAAUGUAGGAGCUUCCUGUUCUUUUCCAUGCCCUGUGUGCGUACAUGCACAUAAAAUUUAUUUUCCCAUGGGAAGCUUUGUUUUCCCAUUAAAGGAACAGAAAAGUGUUUGCAUGAGCAUGCUGAACAUGCACAUUGCAGUGACUGCCUAGAUUUCCAUGUCUAGGCUGCAAAUGAAACAUAUUAAUGUAAUUCCACAUCCAUGAUAGGAACAUAAGGAGCUCCCUUGUCCUGAGUCAUCUUGGAUAGCCACAGGCAUCAUUGGCAAGUGGAGCAGAAAUUUACAAUUCUUUCAGCAGCUGGCUCAGUUUAGGGAGCCACACUUUGGGGAUGGGGAAACAAGGAGAGGCGUGAGCAGUUCCAAAACAGCCUUGGUGCUCAGGUGCUUGAGGGUUUCCCCAAUCAUCCAGAUGGUCCUUAUGAGAACAGGAUGCUGGCCCUGGAUAGCUCAGUUGGUUAGAGCAUGGUGCUGAUAACACCCAGGUUGCAGGUUCGAUCCCUGUGUGGGACAGCUGCAUAUUCCUGCGAUGCAGAGGGUUGGAUUAGAUGAUCCUCAGGGUCUCUUCCAACUCUACAACUCUGUAAUUCUCUAAUUCUAAGACUAGAUGGGCCAGCUGGCUCUUGUUAUGUACUUGGUAAGCCUGCCAACAUUUGGUCUGGCUAAUUUAAGGAUAGAUUUAUUACAGGACCAGGUCACGAUGAAGAGGCCAAAAUGAGCAAUGGUAGCAGAUUCAGUGUCAAUGUCAAAUGCUUUGGGUCAUGACAAGCGCCAGCGUGAAGUCAGAUGAAAAUGUAUUUACUGUUAGCGUUUUUUACUGCUGGGCUAUUUUGAAGGGAGAGAAUGUACCAGAAUGCUCAAUCACAUCUAAAGCUAAGGCCAUUGACUCCCCUUUUGUGAAUGGGGCAGAGGGCCCUAUCCUCAUAUAGUGUACUGGGCUCUGGAAAUCUUCCUGGGACCUCUAUGUUACGAACAAGGAGUGAAUGAUCUUUUGAAUUAUAGAGAAGUAAGGUUUUAGCCUGCUUCAUUAGAAGAUGGUAGACUGCAGUGCUUCCUGAAGGAAUGAAGAUAAUUGUGAAGCACAGCUCAGCGAGUGUCCUGGCUUGUUGAUGUUUUUGCAUGCCUAAAAGUCAGGGAAGUUGUCUGCCUUCACAAUUGCCUGUCUGCUCUGAGAGAAUUCUGAAAUGAACAGUUAUAGUUGUGGGGCCGGGGGGAAUCAAGGUAUGGAAAGCUAGUUUGAUUUCCUCACCAUUUUGUUUCUCCAUUCUCCCCCAUUCCCUUGCCGUAAAAUUUAGGGUGCACACAUAGGAAAAUUCCUUGAGAGAAAUGACACUUUAUUUUGGCACACAGAACAAUCUCCCCAAAUGACCUCAAAUAUUCCUCUGCGGUUGGGGGAAGGAAAUGUGGACAGCUUCCCCCUUGUCUUUUCACUUGCAAAUCCCUUUAAUAAAACUGCCUGGGAUGUAGGGGCUUACCCAUCCCUGCAAACCCAGUCUGGCAAGUUUCUGAUAAGCUGUCAAUAGAUAUUAGUUUGUAAAUAAAGAAUUUAGAAACUAAAAGCGAUGCCCUGGCUGCCCAGGAAUAUUGCAUUUCAGAUAUGCUGGCAGACAGGAGAGAAGCCUCAUGCUCAAAUUUCUGUGGGACACCGCCUCCUGUGAUGUAUGUAUGAUGCUUUUGGGGUGGUCUUGAGCUAAAGAGUGGACAAUUUCAAAAGUCUUCAUAGGGGCUUGCACACCAUUGUUCUGGGUCUCUCUUAUCUCCUUGCAAUGAGGGGAGGGAACUCUGAACAGAGAAAUAAAGAUCUGCCUUGCUUUCCACUGGAUCCUGCCUCCAUCCAUUCUGCUCUGACCCAUCAUGGACUUAGGGAACUCAGAGUCCCAUGGGGAGUUGAGCAGCAAAAGCCAAACCCCAAUUUUUACAUCACCAUAUACUUCAUCACUUCCCCUUUUCCCCUUAGUAUUCUUUAUAGCUUUCAUUUGUGUUCUCUAUUCCUUGAAAUAAUGUAACAGAAUAAAUCUAGCAGCAGCAACAGCAGCAGGAGGAGGAUUUAUAAGGAGUUUUGGAAGGUUUGGUGAGUCACAACCGUGGCAGGCCUGACGUACAGUGCAAGAAUGCAGGAAGCUGUAGAGGGCAAAGGUUUUGACAACAGCAGUCUCUUGUGACGUAAAUGGAAUACAGAGUUUGGCUGAGUGAAGUGAGGCUUUGGCUCAAUUAUGGGGUUACCAAAGUGUGGUUCCCAUGAUACAAUGUAUCCUGGAACUCACUGCUAGACGAAGAACUCAAACUCCCAGCUUGGUUUCUGCCCAAGGCUUUAAUGCAUAAAUCAGAUCAGUACAUAGGCAAAGAACCAGAGGCGGAGCUAACUGCUCCGGCACCCAGAGCAGCGUGCACCCGAGGGUGGGGCUAGCAUCCCAGGGGGUGGGGGGAAUGUCCCAGGGGAGCGGGGCAAGCAUCCUAGGGUGUGUGUGGCCGUCCAUCUUCCAUGUGACAGUCCUUCUCUUUACCAGGCUAAACAUACCCAACUCUCUCAAUUGUUCCUCAUAAGGCUUGGUUUCCAGACCCUGGUAAUCUUGUUCGCUCUCCUCUGAAAACAUUCUUGUCCAUAUCAUUCUUAAAUGGGGGUGCCCAGAGCUGGACACAGUACUCCACAUGUGGUCUGACCAAGGAAGAAAAUAGCAAUGCUAUUAAUUCCCUUGAUUGGGACACUAUACUUCGGUUGUUGCAGCCUAGAAUAGCAUUAGCAUUUUUUGUUUGCUGCAUCACAUUGUUGACUUAUGUUAAGCUGGUGGUCUACUAAGACUCCUAGAUCAUAUUCACAUGUGUCUCCCAUCUCAUAUUUGUGCAGCAGAUUUUUCCUGCCUAAGUGCAGAACCUUACAUUUGUUCUGAUUGAAAUUCAUUUUGUUAGCUUUGGCCCAGUUUUCCAACCUGUUAAGGUCAUAUUGAACCCCGAUUUUUUGGUCAGCAGCAUUGGCUGCUGUUUUCAAGAGGGCCAGAAAUGAGCUUUUAUAUUUAUAAGUAACAGAGACACUGUAUGUAAGAAGAGAAUGAUGGUCAACUGCAAGAAUGGACUUACAAGAAGUGAAGGGUCAAGUGGAUAUUAAAGAAGAGAUGAUGUGGCUACAGGAGGAAAAGAUUAAAUUAAAGUAAUUUGGUUUGAUUUGCAAUAAUUUUGAAAACUAAUAAAAAUUAAAAAUAAUUUAUUUUUUUGAAAAAUGAAUGAGCCAGAUGGCUGGACUGUAGGAACUAGAGAAAAGAACUGAAAAGGUGCACAUGUAUUAUGCUUAGUAAACCAGGGUUUCCAUAUUUCAAAAAGUGAAAAUCCGGACACAAAAGUUGCUGAGCUCUUUUUCUCUUUUUGGCAAUCUUUAAGCUAUUUAUAAAAUAAGGAAAAUCACCCAAGAAAUCAGUACUUCCAAUGUAGGCACCCACCUAUGUCCGUCACCUCCAGACCUACAGAAUUCAGUCACAAACUGGAAAUUUUGCUCCAAGCAAUUAAAGUCGACUAAAGUGAUCUGUUGUUCUGACACAACAAAUCCACUUUUUUUUUAACAAAAUGACUUUUGUGGUUAAGAAAGCAAUGGGGAAAUGCACUCCAAUGUGUGAGAUAAACAUUUAAUUAACAGGAAGUGUGGACCAGUGUGAAAGCAAAUCAAGGUGGAAUCAGGUUGGAUGCUCCCUGUCAUGUGACAGUCCCACAAACAAAUCAGAAUGAGCAUAGGAGCCAACACCUCAGGGCCGAGGUCUCUUCAGCCCUCCAAUAAAAUAUUUGAUGGGGCCUCUCCCCCCCAAGUUGAUGAACAUUGCCAUUCAGAUGGGGUGUGCACACCACACCAUAUGAUUGAUUAUGCAGGGUGGGGCUUACCUGCCCCUCCAAUAUUUUAUUCAAGUUGGCACUCCUGAGAACGAGUGCUCUGUAAAGACUAGGCAUCCUCUAACCUCCAGGUAAGCUUUGUGCAGCAAAUCAGGAUGAAUUGUACAAUAAGUAGGUCACCCAAGUUCACAGACUUCAGCAAAAAAAACCCACCCAGCUUCCUUGUUAUAUGCAGGGAAGGAUGGUGAUCAGACAACAAUCUGCUGAUCAUUCACUGUAGAAACAUAGCUAGAGUAACUCUCCCCUGCAAUGCUUGAAGAGAAGAUCAUCACUGCUUUCUGCUGGGCCAGCAACAUCAUAUGUGAGGUGUUUUGCAGCUCACACUUAGCAAGAAGUGCCCCCACAGGCAAGCAGGAUUCACAGUUUCUUUUCCCGCUCAGUACAUGUCUGUGCAGAUGGGGGACACCCUGUUUUUUUGGUGGGAAAAGCUUUCUGAAACUUGAAUCCUAGCACACAUUUGCCAACAGAAGCAGGUGCAAUACAUGGUAUCAUUUUACUUUCAUUCUUUCCCCCUCCCCCUUCUUGCUUAAAAUAGGACAGCCAUUAUGGUGAUACAGGAGGAAUAGAAUUUCUCAGACCUAGAAAUAGGUUUACAGCAACAAGCCCUCUCAAAUUACUAUUUUGCAAUUGCCUUAUUUUUCCUUUUAAUUUUUUCUAAGUAUUCCACAUUAUUGUGGCUCUCUCUUUCUCUCUCUCCAUAUAUAUAUAUAUAUAUAUAUAUAUAUAUAUAUAUAUAUAUUCUCUUGUAAUUUUGUUGCUGAAGAGCUUUGCAGUCCAGUCAAACUAUAACUAUGUGACCCAGGUAUUUAAAAUAAAAAGGCAUGUGUGGUAAUAAACAUUUGGAAAGACCACCAAACUCCUAUCCCAAAUUCGUCUCUGAGAACUUGAGGCCAUUUUGAAUGCAAGAACAUUCCCUUCAGUUGUUAGUUUCAGAUAUUUCAUGUAAAUUUCUGAGAUAUGACUGCCUCCAGGGCUUAUUCAGACCUCUGCCACUUUACCCUGGGGAAAACCUGAGGUUUAGUGCUGAAUCAGAACAAGCGGCAACUGGGUUUUUCGCAGAUUCCCAUUUGUUCCAAUCAAGCGCUAAAGAGCAGGUUUUCUGGGGGAAAGCAGGGCAGAGGCAAAACCACUCGAAGCCAUGCCUAGAAAGCAUGGGACAAGUGGAAAACUGCUUGAACCUGUGCUUUCUAAGCAUUGGGACAAGCAGAAGUGUGAGUGAGCCCUUAGUUUAGCUAAACAAAUAGAUAUUUGUGAUUUUCCAAUAUGGCAGCUUUUCUCCAACAUGGAGUUUUUGGAACUUUCAGGAUGUUUAUCGUGACUCUGCGAUUUUCAGCAUUUACUUUAAAUCAGUGUUUCCCAGUCUUGGGUCUCCAGUUGCUUUUGGACUACAGUUCCCAUCAUCCCUGAGCACUGGUCCUGCUAGCUAGGGUUGAUGGGAGUUGUAGUCCAAAAACAGCUGGGAAACUCUGCUUUAAAUGGCUGGGCUGUGUUGCUUCAUUUAUUUAUUCUUGCAAAUUGCACCGUAUACACAGCAGGUCCAGUGCACCCAUGAGGCAUGAUGAAGCGGUUGUCUCAGGACCACAGACUCUGGACAGGUGAGAGGAGUGAUGGCAAGCAUUGGUGCCACACUUUUGCAGGCCCUCAUGCCCCACCCUGGCCUCCUUUCUUUUCCCGCAGGGCCACCUCCCAGCGACUGCAGAGAAAGAGGAGGCAGGGUUGGCAUUUUCCAUUGUGCCUGAAGUGGCUCGAUUUCUCUCUUGACUCAUAGGCUAUUAAAAGUUGGGCGUGAUGCAAGAGUUGGCUAGACAAUAGCUGAAAUCAUCUCAGUAAAAACACACCAGCAAGGGCACAGAGGAAGCCGCCUUAAACUGAGACAGAUCAUUGGUCCAUCUAGUUCAGUACUGUCUGCCCUGACUGGAAGCAACUCUCCAGGUUGCACACACAGGAUAGCCCCUCCCUAACUCUGCCACUGAAUUGUGGCCAUGCACACCAAACUAGAGAGCCGUGGCUGCUGUUACCUCUGGGGACCAGCAGGGGUGGGAGGAGAGCAGCCUGGGAUGUGGUACCUAGUGGGAAUUAGAAGCACCAACAAAGCAUGACUUUAUAUCCCAGAUCCGAGUCGUCUGAUCUGUCCUUGGUUACUGCUGGGUUGAUGAUAAAUCCUGGCAGCCAGUAUGCAUGAAGGAGAAGGUGGAAGUUGGGGAGGGAGAGCAAAAAGCGCUGGGAAAAUAACCAACAGACGCUUGUGGAAAAAAUAACCAAGGCAGGACCUGACUGGCCUGGGUCAUAUCCCCAUGGCUACAGGCUGCUCAGUAAGCUCCUUCCAGCUGCUCUUUGACUUUAGGAACACAAAUGCAUUCCUUGACCCUGGCCCCUUUGUUUUGACUGCCUCAUAGCUCUCUACACUCAUUAACUUCCUAAGCUGCUGCUCACAAGACACUGGCCAGGGCUGUUUUUCUGUUCGGUUUCUUCGACUGCAUUGCACUUUGCUUCAUUCUGGGCCUUGGCUUCCAUCACAUCAGUUCCAAAGAGGAGCCUUUAUCGUUUUGGAGGACAACAGGUCAGGAAACCUUGGUAAGUCUCUCUUUCUUUUGUGAGCAUGUGUGUGUUUUAAAAAAUCAUAGAGCAUUAAAAAGAAAAUUGUAGGAUUUCUCUGGUGGAGCAUCUGUUUUGCGGGCAGAAGGUCUCAGAGCUGGUCCUUGGAGUGUCCCCUGCCUGAAACCCUGGAGAGUCACUGUCAUUCAGUGUAGACAAUACUGAACAAGGUAGACUAUUCAUCUGCAGCUUUCUGUGUUCCUGUGCUCAGAUACCAGUGUUGAAAUGUAACAUGCACCUGGAAGUGUUCCAACAAAAGGCAGAGAAAAGUAAGCUUUCAGUACUGCAAUGGUUGCAUGGGAUUUUUGUCCUGGAGCAACAGACCAUGAGGAAAAGUUGUGGCAUUUGAAACUUCUUAGUUUAGAGAGAAGUAGAGUAAGAGGUGACAUGAUAGAUGCUUAUAAAAUGAUAUGCUGCGUGGAGAAAGCAGAUAGAGAAUGUUUUCCCCUCCCUCUUUCAUAACACAAGAGUUUGUGGGCAUCCAACAAAGCUGAAUAUUGAUGGAUUCAGGAAAGAUAAAAUUAAGUACUAAUUCACAAAGUGCAUAACUAAACUGUAGAGCCCAUUCGCACAAGAGGCAGCGAUGGCCACCAACUUGGGUGGCUUUAAAAGAGGAUUGGACAAAUUCAUGGAGAAGACUUUGCAAUGGCUAUGUUCUACCUCCACUGUUGGGGGCAGUGAUGCUUCUGAAUACCACUUGCUGGAAGCCACAACAGGAGAGAGUACACUUGUGCCUGAAUCCUGCUUGCUGGUUUCCCAGUGGCCUCUGGUUGGCCACUGUGAGAACAAGAUGCUGGAGCAGAUGAGCCAUUGGCGUGAUCGACAGGCUCUUCUUGCAUUCUUAUAUCAUCUAUGUGGACCAACCGGGGAUAGAGAUCUUCUCCCAAUGCCCCAGUUUUUUUCCUCCCAUCUGCUUGUCUUCAGAAGAGGACACGGUGUACAUUAGGAAGCGGGUGCAGUGACCAUUCCACCACUGUUCCACACCAGCGGAUCAAAUUGACCCAAGAGAAGAGGGAGGUUCCACCAGCUUAAUUUAGUCGCAUUGAGCGGGCUUCCCCAUUUGUCACUUCUUGCUAAAUUUCUUUGUGCCCCUCUCUUGUGGAACCCCAUGUUUUCAACCUGUAAAGAAGAUUAGUCUGAGUGAAACUGACUUCCCCAAGGUUACUGAGCAAGCUUCAUACUUGAGCAGGGAUUUGAACCUAGAUUCCCUACUGGGAACAACAUUUUCAGCAAUGCAGCCGCCAGCAACCUAGCAACCAAUUUAACCCAUCCUAGGGCCAAGUCUUGUGUUCCUUUUUUUUUUUGGACUUGGGGAUAAAAAGUACCCAAAUUUAUAUCAAUUCCCAUGCAAUUCCACUGGAACUGGAAUGUUUUACCCCCAUUACAACCUUACUCUAUGAUCUCUGACUUAGAAAGAAACUAUCCAAGUACCUGUGCACAUUUAAAUGGCUGGAUUUUCCUGCAAUAAGAACUGAAGUGGAGGGGACAGAGAUUUUGCCCAUUGCCAUUUCUAUUUUUAUUGCAAGGGAACAUGGACACUUGAACCUAUGCACCAUAUUCACAAUUGAUGGGGCUGCUCAUCUUCUAGCUGACUAUAAACAAUUAAGUGGGAAGCAGGCUUUAGUGUAAUCUCCCUGGAGUCCACAAGAGUGCUCCAAGUCUGCUCUGGAAUGGGCUGACUUCUGCCAGCCUCCACCACCCUGGUACAGCUGGACUUAAAUAUAUAAAAUGUACAGAGUAAAAGAAGCAUAUACCCUUUUGCUGAGUAAGUUGUUAUGAGCAUGUCGGGACAUUCUCACACAUGUUGUUCAGGCUUGGUGUGAGAUCCUUUUCUUUAUUCAUCAUCUCUCAAGUGACUCAUUUUGACCCAUUCCUUUUAGACCUCUCCUUUAUUUUUCUUGAAUAUUGUCCCUGAUUUAAGUCAUGUAGUUCUUUUCUCCUGAAUUUGCCUGCAGCUGUGUCUGUGGUCACCCCCCACCCAAAGACAUCACAAUAUAUCUCAGGUUCAUUUGUUUCCCUAGGCUGUGUGCUGUCCUUAGGAAGUUUCAGGAUGUUCCUUUGUGAUGGAAUAGACACCUAUAGAUCAAUAAAGCAGCUGGAAAGUAUACUUGAAUGUGAAAGUGGCUCUGAAAGUGGAUCAUGAUUCUUUCACAGAAUUGAAUCCCAUUGAUUUAAAUGGGGUUUUCCAUGUGAUAUAUUUUGAAUUAGUGUCACACUUCCAUUGUAACCUGGUUUACUGUGCCACAAAAUUAGCCAAUUCCUGGCCUCUCUACCUAGUUCUGCUGAUUUGAGUCUGAAGUAAGGACACACAAACGCUUUUCUGCCUCCUGCCCACACAUAGUCUUACUUCCACUUGCUCUGGAAAUGGAUGUUUACACCAGCACCCUCUGCAAAAUACAAUGAGCCACAGUACCAUCAAAGGUGGUCAUGAAAAAAGAUUCUAAGAAUGUAGAGGAGGGGAAACAUAAUCGACUUGGCAGUUUCCUUUGUCUUCAGCAAACAUCAGUGAAUUUCCUAGAAAUUCUGGGGGGAAAGGACUUGGCUGUAGCCCUGGCAGUUGUUGUUCAUUAGCGAACUUGAGCUGCUUGGGGGAAAGCAGUUUCCUUGAUACGCUGCUGCUGCUGCUGAUUUUGGUUACCCUGCUGUAGGGAUACAAAUAGCAGCACACAGAGAAGGGGGCAUUCAUAUUCAUAUCACUUACCCUUCCUGCCAGGCAGCUGCUUGCUUACUUUCAGCCUUAGCUCACUCUUGAGUUCCUGAAGUUACAGCCAUCUUCUUGUUAAACAGGGCAGGACAUCAGUGAUCCAUGGGUAAGCCGUCCUCUGAUAUUUAUUUACCAGCUGUAGAUCAGAACAAUAGCCUCCUUUUGAUAUUGGAGAUGGGGCGUUUGAAGGGUAGAGCAUGUGUCGAUUUAGAGUUUACUUCUAAAAAUUGUAGACAAGCUGGAAAACCAGGUCUUUUUAUUUUCCUAUCGUGGAGGGGGGUGUUCAGCUUUUUACACUGGAUAAUAAACGUAAGUCCAAACUGCAAUGUGCUUUUUGGAUGGGCGGCUUAUGAUAUGUCUUUGGGAGGGGGUUAUCUCUUUAUGACACCAAGCCUUGUUUUGCACACUUGGCUUCUUCCCAGCUUGGCCUGUGUCCAUACAAGAAACAUUAUUCUUCCCAGCUUGCUUUUGGACAUGCUCAAUAGCUGUGUUUUGAAGUUUGAUACAAGCAAGCACAACUGGCUUUCCAGCACGAGGGCUGACGCCAUGCCUGGCUCACAACAGCUGUUUUUAACAAACAUUUACCAAUCAAUUACUGUAUUUCAUCAGUGAUUAAGGGCAUUGAAAACAAAACAAAAACCAGAAACCCAAGGUAAGUUAAUCUAGAGUACUUUCUUCUGCUUUGGAUGCACAGUCAUUGGCAUGAAUGAGGUGGAAAGAAUCCCUAGUUGAUGAUUCAACUUCCCUUGAUCUUAAAGUAAGGGAUGUGCUAUAAGUGGGGAAAGCAGCAGUUACCUCGGAUGAACUAAAGCUUGGCACUGCCAAUUUGUGGAAAGCACACAGCGUGUCUGGCAGACAUUUGUGGCAGCAGAAAACUGCUCCCUGUUCAGUCCAUGACAGUUCAGUUGAAAUAACAAGUCUGAUUCACAUGAACAACCUUGGGGGCAACCAUCUGGAAACAACCUGGGAUCACCUCUGAUUGUGUGAACAAGCCCUAUGUAAUAUUGUGCUACGGGGUUUCUUUCAAAAUUAUAUUUUGAUGCAGGAUAGAACAGUGAUCAGUAACCAGAUUGGUCAGUGAGCCAUUCCUCUACAACACCCCUAAGUUUACAAGGCUAUAAACAAACUCUGGGGGCAGGGAUAGUCUUUUUCCUUGCUCCACAUGGCUGUGUUAAAUUAUGACGUGGCUGAUGGCAGCUGCACAACUUUCCAGUUACAUUCACACCAACUGGAGUAAUGGAGGAUUUUGCAGGAGAAAGGGGAGGGUGAGAUAGUAAGUGAACAAAUCUAGCUGAUAUGGUUCUGCAAUGGCUGAAAUGUUAUCCAGGCAGAGCCCACUGUUGCAGGCAACACCAAGAGGAGGUGUUCGAUUAGGGGUGAGCAACAUAGCUGUCAACGUUUUCCUUCUUUAAGGGAAAUUCCCUUAUUCUGAAUAGGAUUCCUCGUGAGAAAAGGGAAAGGUUGACAGCUAUGGUGAGCAACCUCGAGCACAGGGACUGUUUGCGGCCCUCUAGGCCUCCAUACCUGGCCCUCAGAACUCUCCCCAGACCACACCCUUCACUGGUCUUGCUUCCUGUCUUGAGUGGCUUUGCCUUACAGGAAAUUUAUCCUUGAGUUCCGAUAAUGCCUCUUGAUCACAUGGAGCAAGGACAGAGUGUUAUGUGUGUAGAAACUAGUUUAUGGUACGAAAGUAAAUUUUUCAUUAGUUGAUUUGCCCACAUUUGCCUGUGGCCCCAUCCACCACAGGUAUGUGGCCCUCAGAAGGCUGUUCAGGUGGGAAUGUGGCCCUCUGCAAACAGUUUUCUCACCCCUGGAUUUGAGGAAGUCAACAGUAGUAGCUGGUGGCCAUUGGGAGUGGUGGGGCAGAAGGCAGGGAGUUCAAACAGCACAAGGAACCAUAGCCAAUGAGAGGCAGAGCCAAGUAGUUCUGGCUUUGCUCCCAUUCCAGCUCUGUUUGACAAGGACAACACUGAGAUGAAGGAGGAAGCUGAAAGGCAGUACGACUUCUGAACUGGUGGUGAGUAAGAAGGCAAGGCAUUUGGGGUCUGCUUGAGGGCAGACUGAGGUAGGUGGCGCACUGCCCCAUUGGGCCAAGCACUCUUUAGAUCAGGGUUGUCAGCCUUUUUCGACCAACAGCAUUUCUGUAUGCUAAUUUCACUAAUAUUAUAUAAGUUUUCAUGCAAACUUUCCCCAAAUAUAUGCAUUUUUUAUGUGCAUGAUUUGAGUAGAGAACUGCAUCGCAAAAUUUGGAUAGAACAGUUGUAUUUCGGUUCGCGUUAAAAUACGACUCAAAUCCAAUUUCCCCUUACACGACUAUGCGGUUAAAACAGCUACAAUACGAUUCCUGGUUCUCUAUGUCCUGCCAGCUUUGCAGACAAAACAUUCUCUUCUUCUCCUCACUUCCAGGUAAUGAUUAACUGAAGAUCAUGACAGGCUCCUGGACGACGUGUUGCAAUAAAAAGAGCAUACCCAAGAAUGGAUUGCAUGAAUUGGAUUCAGUGGCAGAGAACAAGAAGGAAAAAAUGCAGAUGAAGCAAGAGAUCACCUUGCUUAAUGGCAUUUCUUUGAUAGUAGGGAACAUGAUUGGCUCAGGGAUUUUUGUGGCUCCCAAGGGUGUUUUGAUGUACAGUGGCUCGUAUGGACUCUCGCUCCUCCUCUGGGCCCUUGGUGGGAUCUUUUCAUUGUUUGGAGCACUCUGUUAUGCUGAACUGGGGACAUCCAUUAUUAAAUCAGGAGCAAGCUAUGCCUACAUUCUAGAAGCUUUCGGAGGUUUUAUAGCCUUUAUCAGACUAUGGUCUUCCUUGCUCAUUAUUGAGCCAACAACUCAGGCCGUCAUUGCCAUCACUUUUGCGAAUUAUAUUGUUCAGCCGAUAUUUCCCUUCUGUGAGCCACCCUAUGGAGCAGUUAGGUUGAUUGCAGCUGCCUGCAUCUGUAAGUAAAAUUCUAGUCCGUCAAUGCAACAAUUUAUUUUGAUUAUGCAAGUACAGGCCACGAACUGACAGUUUCAUGUGUCUUCUGAGGGAAGGUUGCAUACAAAACGCCUAGGCUCUUGCCACUGAAUCAGAGGAAAAAGUCUGGAUUCCAACAGACUUGAUAGAAAAAUGGGAUGUGUGUGUGUAUGUUAAAUAUUAAAGCAGUUUAGUAGCCAUCUGUUAAUUACAGAGCUAUGAAAGAAACAAAGAUUUUUGCCCAAGACCCUGGAGAGUCAUACAUUGUAGGCAGCAUGGCUCAGAAAGCUCCUGGUUUUUCAGGGUUUUUCUAGUGCUUCUCAAAUAUUAGAGAUAAACAACAACAGUAUUCACCACCUUUUUCUGAGGAAUGAACAUCUAUUGUUAAUAACAGAAUCCUGGGAUAGAGAUGUCAGGAAUGGGGAGCCUAUGGCCCUCAAGAUGUUAGUGAACCACAACUCCCAUCAUCCUUGACCCCACUGACCAGGCUAGCUGGGGCUGAGGACAUCUGGAGCAAAACCAUCUGUUUCCCCAUCCCUGAGACAGACAGCAGUGUGAUCCAGCAAGACAUCAUUUUGAGGUGAUGGUGGGAGGAUGAUAUUCUCAUACUGUGUGUGUAGUCUAACUGCUUACUCUGGGAACUGCAGAUUUGGGGGGAGAAUAAAGAUCUCCUUAAAAAAAAGCUCAGCACCCUAAACAAACUACAGCUCCCAGAAUUCAUUGGAAGAAGCCAUGCUGCUUAAAAUGGUAUCACAGUUCUUUAAAUAUAUGGUGUGAAUGUGGCCCUAAGACAUGCUAAGGCACUCAGGUUGAAGAGUUCCCAUAGCAUUAGCCCAAAAAUGCUAUUUGGGAAGGGUAUAUUUUUUGUCAUCAGAUUUGAUAGUUUUGGAAUCUGUUUUCUUUGUUCCUUUUAUUCUUUUACCAAUUAUAAAAAACUUAAACUUUUGUUCUCAAAAGCUUUUUAAGAGCCCCCUCAUUAUCUGAGGCCGGAAUUUCCCAGACAUAUCCAGAAUACUGCUGUCUCUAGCAGGGUCCAGGCAGAAAUCUCUAAAAAGCUCAACAACUUUUCUGUCUGGAUAUUCACUGUUUGAAACAGGGCAACCCUAGCUGCAUCUCCCCAGAAGCCAACACAGUAUAUUUUUCAUAGCAAACUGCAACUUCGUCUCUGAAUGCUAGAGGGCACUAAAAGAAUGUUCUCACCGUGCUCUUAUAUUGUUAGUGAAAUAGUUGGAGUUGUAAAAAUAACACCCGUCCCCUCUUGAAAACAGUUUCGGGUUAUUUGUUUUGCACUCAUAUUGACAACACUGUUUGGUGUUUUUGAGAUUUUACUUGGAUUGCCAACCUUAAACAAAAACAAAAACUGACCCUGCAUCAAUCUUAGCUUUCUGAAGAGUAUACCUACAAAAUAUGUGGGGUUUUCAGAUGCCUGUUUGUCGUACCCUUAAUUUAUAUUUUUAGGCAUACAUUUUUUAAAAAAUGUGAAUAAACCCUUUGUUCAUCUUCAUAACAGUCUUUUAAGGUAGGUCAUUUAUUAUGUCUAUUUUAAAGAUUGGGAACUGAGGCUGAGUGACUUGUCCAAAACCAAGUCAGUGUCACAGGUAGGACUUAAACCCAGCCAGCACAAUCCUAUUCAUGUUUAUUCCCAAAGAACUUUCACUGUGCUCACUGUAUGGCACAAGUUCUCCAAACCCAGUUCUGUCAACUGGGGCUGUAUUGGGUAUCUGUGCAUUGACAUCCUGGCACAGGAGGGAAGCCAAGAUGAUCAAGGGUCUGGAAACCAAGCCCUAUGAGGAACAGUUGAAGGAGCUGGGUAUGUUUAGCCUGGGAAAAGAGGAGGCUGAGAGGAGAUAUGAUGGCCAUCUUCAAAUAUCUAAAGGACUGUCACAUGGAAGAUGGAGCAAGCUUGUUUUCUCCUUCUCCAGGGGGUAGGACUCAAACCAAAUGAUUCAAGUUACAAGAAAGGAGAUUCCAACUAAACAUCAGGAAAAACUUUCUGACAGGAAGAGCUGUUCAGCAGUGGAACAGACUCCCACAAGAGAUGGUGGACUUUACUUCCUUGGAAGUUUUUAAGCAGAAGUUGGAUAGUCAUAUGUCAUGUAUUAUCUAGUUGAGAUUCCUGCAUUUUAAGCAGAAGUUGGACACAACAUCAUGAUGGCUGACUGGGAACAGUUAUGGACCACAGGUAUGAAGUUUACGGCAUGUAAUGCCUUAAGAGAGAAUUUAAUGAAAAUGAUUUAUAGGUGGUACGUGACACCAGUCAAGCUUGCAAAAAUUUACCAUCUGCCUGAUAAUAAAUGUUGGAAAUGUAAUGAGACUGAAGGUACAUUCUUUCACCUUUGGUGGACGUGCCCAUGGAUUAAGACAUUCUGGGAGAUGAUCUAUAAUGAAAUGAAAAAGGUAUUCAAAUAUACCUUCCUGAAGAAACCAGAGGCCUUUCUCCUGGGCAUGGUCGGCCAAUUGGUGAUGAAGAAGGAUAGAACUUUCUUUAUGUAUGCUACAACAACAGCAAGAAUACUUAUCGCAAAGUAUUGGAAGACACAAGAUUUACCCACCCGGGAAGAAUGGCAGAUGAAGCUGAUGGACUGCAUGGAACUGGCGGAAAUGACUGGCAGAAUCCGAGACCAGGGAGAAGAGUCAGUGGAAGAAGAUUGGAAAAAAAUUAAAGACUAUUUACAGAAACACUGUAAAAUUAAUAAAUGUUAGAAGGAUGCUGGAAUGAAGUUAUAUGGCUUUAGCAGAAAUGUUAUAAAGAAUUAAGUAAAAAUAGACUGUUAAUGGGCUAAAGGGGGAAAAAACAAGGUUAGAUUGUGUUAAGAUAAAUUAUAGGAUAAAAACUGAGAAAGAUGGAAAGGAUUUGCUGAAAUAGCUAACUGAACUAGAAUACAAAAAAGGGAGGUGUGAGGAGGUCGUCGAAACAAGUAAAUGAAAGACAAGAUAUGGAAAUAUGGGAUGUGUUUUUAAUUGAUUUCGUUUUUUUUCUUGUUUUUGUUUUGUUAAGAUAAGCAGUGUUUUUUGUUUUUUAUGUAUUGUAUUGUAUUGUUUUGCUUUGUUUAACUCUUCUUUUUUCUUUUUGUAACUUUUAAACUCUUAAGAAACAUUAUUUUUUUAAAAAAAGAGAUUCCUGCAUUAGCGGGGGUUACACUAGAUGACCCUCCGGGUCCCUUCCAACGCUACAAUUCUAUGAUUCUAUUAUUUUUCUUUUCUUUAAUUUUUCUUUUCUCCCUAUUCUUGUUGAGUCUGUUGAGGCAUGCUUAGAAAAUGCAACACUAUAAAACAGAUAAUAUGCAGAUCCAUUGUUUCCUUACUGAAAAACUGACUUCAUUCCAAUGUCUCUCCAACCCUGCCUUCCAUCUGGGAGGCUACAGUGGCUCUCCAAGUAUUAUUAACUCCUAUCUGGCCCAGCCAGCAUAGCUCAUGGUCAGAUCCUGAUUCAAAUGACUGUUUGUUUUGGGUUCCCCCGCCCCCCAUUUAAGUCCUUAUCAUAGCCAGUUGAUCUCUGCUGCCAUUCCAAAAAAAAUAAAAAAUAGGUUGUGUUAAUUGAAAAACGUCCAAGUCAUCAGUAUUCUAAUGAAGUACAGCUAACUGGGUUUAUCUAAUUUGUAACCUGUUCUCUUAUUAGGCUCCCUGACCUUUAUUAACUGUGUCAAUGUGAAGUGGGGAACCAGAGUGCAAGACCUUUUCACAUAUGCCAAAGUCAUGGCCCUUAUUGUGGUAAUAGCUGUGGGUCUUUAUAAAAUCACCCAAGGUAAGAACUUACUUUCUGUGUAUAAAUAUGAUAGCAAAACUGAACAGCAUAUAGACUCUGGGCUAGCUCAUACUUUAAUUCUGGGCUAUUAUUAUUAUUAUUAUUAUUAUUAUUAUUUUCGUCACGCAUGAACCAAGUAUCCCAAGUAAAGCCAGUGUGGUGUAGUGGUGUAGUGGUUAAGAGCGAUAGACUCGUAAUCUGGGGAACCGGGUUUGCGUCUCCGCUCCUCCACAGGCAGCUGCUGGGUGACCUUGGGCUAGUCACACUUCUCUGAAGUCUCUCAGCCCCACUCACCUCACAGAGUGUUUGUUGUGGGGGAGGAAGGGAAAGGAGAAUGUUAGCUGCUUUGAGACUCCUUCUGGUAGUGAUAAAGCGGGAUAUCAAAUCCAAAUUCUUCUUCUUCUUCAAGUAUCAAGUGAGAAGUUGUUACGUGAAGCAGGAAUAUACACAGACACACCUUAUAGUCAAUGCUGGCAGGUUUGUGGAUGCCAUGACACAUGAUAAAGGCGAUAUGAAGCUACUUUCGUUCAGCAUUUUCAUGUAGGGAACAUUCUGAUUCUGUCCCUGUUUCCUAUAAGCUACAUAUUGGUUGUGUGUAGGCAUGUAGAUGUAAAUAACCGCAGGCUUCUGAUGUCUCCACAGGAGAAACUGAUAACCUCAAGGAGCCAUUUGAAGGCUCCACAGCAGACGCAGGAUUCAUUGCACUUGCCCUUUACUCAGCUCUUUUCUCCUACUCUGGAUGGGAUACACUGAAUUUCGUCACGGAAGAAAUGAAAAAUCCAGAAAGGUAUACAUGCCUGUCUUGGGUCAUACCAUUCUUGCAUUAGGUGCCGAAGUUUUAUGCAUAUUUCAAGCAGGUCAUUGUUAUUGUAUUUCUAAUGUGCCUCCCCUUUGGUUUACCCUUCAGUUGGUUGCAAAUAACUGUUUCGUUUCCUUUUGCAGGAACUUGCCCCUCUCCAUUGCAAUCUCAAUGCCCAUCGUGACUAUCAUUUACCUGCUGACAAAUGUGGCCUACUAUGUUGUGCUGGACAUGCCUGCCCUGUUAGGGAGUGAUGCUGUGGCUGUGGUAUGUUGCAAAUCAUGAAUUUGUAGAAUCGCAGAGCAGGAAGGGACCUCAAAGGACUUCUUGUUCAGCCCCUGCCAAUACAGGAGGUUCACUGCUAUAACAUCCUUGAUAGGUGGUCAUCCAGCCUCUCCUUUAAAACCUCUAACAAAAGAAAGUCCACCAUGGGCUCACCAUAAGCUCAGUUGUAGUUUACAUCAUCUGCAGGGUCCAGGUUGUGGAAGGCUGGUUCUUGCCUUCCACUGUGUCAUGUAAUUCUACUCAAUAUUGAUCCAGGGCAGAUUCCAAUGUAUAGUUAGCAGAGUAAAAACAUAAAAACACGUCGCAGGAUUCCCAAAAAGUAGACCAGAGGCAUUUAAUGUUCCAUCCAACAGAGCUUUACUGCUACUGAAGGCAAAUGAGCAUAAUGGUCACAAAUCCAAUACAUGCAGGAUUGGCACUGUCCAUAAGAAAUCCAGUUGCAGCAGACUAAACUUAAACUUUAAAAAGGUAAAGGACCCCUGACAGUUAUGUCCAGUUGUGAACGACUCUGGGGUUGCAGCGCUCAUCUCACUUUACUAGCUGAGGGAGCCGACGUUUGUCCACAGACAGUUUUUCCGGGUCAUAUGGCCAGCAUGACUAAGCCGCUUCUGGCGAAACCAGAGCAGCACAUGGAAAUGCUGUUUACCUUCCCACUGGAGUGGUACCUAUUUAUCUGCUUGGACUUUGAUGUGCUUUCGAACUGCUAGGUUGGCAGGAGCUGGGACCGAGCAAUGGGAGCUCACCCCGUCACAGGGGUUUGAACCGCCGAACUUCUGAUCAGCAAGCCCAAGGCUCAGUGGUUUAAACCACAGCACCACCUGUGUUUCCCAACUUAAACUUACAAUAACUUAUAAUAAGUCUAAACCUUAACACUAAACAUACUAUGUACAGAACACCACACCAGAAGGAAAAGAGAAAGUGAACCCAAGACUCCUCCUUGCCUAUUAUUAUAGUCCGCAUGACUAUGACAGAAAGAGAUAACAGAACCAGUUUAAGCCAGCUGUACUCAGCUUCUCUGAAGGAAUAACCCAAACAUCCGGAACCUUCUGCCUGUUUCUUUCACACAGAGAAGCUUCCAGAACCCUCUUGAUUUAAUUAGAAUGGGAAAGAUCUCUACUCAUCAGAACAAUACUUUCCAUACUAAGAAAUGCAAACUGACACACUGCCCACCAGACAACAACAAGGACUUUAUUUGCGUAGCCAACAGGCCAUAGCAUCAAAGGACAAACACCGACAAAAAUACAUUACAAAUAUAGUUACCGUAUAAUCUUAUGACCCACCAGUAUCUGACAAAAAUGUCAAAGUCUGCCCAAACUCUUUUUCUUUUCUUUUCUUUUCUUUUCUUUUCUUUCUUUCUUUCUUUCUUUCUUUCUUUCUUUCUUUCUUUCUCUGUUUAUCUAUCUGUCUAUCUAUCUAUCUAUCUAUCAUCUAUCAUCUAUCAUUCUCUCUCAUGUGCACUCAAACUUCAGCAGCCAGGAAAACAUGUCCUAUUAGCAUAACUGACUCCAUUAGUGCAAACUGGCAAUUUUAGUUGAAAAUUAUAAUUACACAUUACUACAUAUCUUGAAAGCAUGCAUUGGCAUAUGCAUUAAACUGUCAUUCCAAAUGCCCUAGGCUUUAGGAAAGCAUCUCUUAGCCAAAUUAGAUUACUGUACAUUUUAUGCCCACUUCUUUAAACUAUUAUAGGAUUUAAGGAGUCAAUGGGGGCCAACUCAACAAUAUUUUUGUGUUCAGCCGUUGUCUGAAACCCAUAACUGUUGAUCCACCAGAUCCAGUCUGUUACUUAAUAUCCUGGAUUGUGUGACCAGCUCAUGUCCAGUUCUUGAAAUAGUGGGAGACUUCAAACCGUUCAGGCAAUUAUACAUGGAAAGUAUUGUACAUGAAGAUUUGGUUGCAAGCAAGCCUAAUAUGCAAGGCUGUUGCAGAAUAAUAAAUCUGGGGCCAUACAUCUGUACUUGUUGACUGAAUGCACGUGUAGCUGAUUUUCCCUGUUGUCUGCUUCCAGAGGGGUGAAGAAGGAACCCUUCCUUGCAUCUUAUAAGUAUAUUGCAGAGCAUGCUACAGGAUAUACAGUUUAUGUAAUAAUCUCCUCUGCUCUCUUGUACACAAUUUAGGAGUUCACAAAAUCCCACAGUGGUGAUUAAAUCCCACCACUGGGUUGUGAUCAAUCUUUUAAAUACAUAUUAGUUUCACUUUCUCGUGUUGUUUAACCAUCCACUCACUGGCAAUUUAGCUGUGUGUGACAGAUAACUAAAAUAUUAUUAGUGUGGCUUUUAAAAAGCUGUUCCAAGAUUAUGGUGGAGCAUUGUUGUCAAAAAUGAGCUCACCCGACUUUGUGCUUGGGCUGUAAAUUUCCAUGACAGUUGGCUGGCAUUGUGAAACUAGCUGAGUGAGCCUCUUUUCUUUUCUUUCUUUUGCAGACUUUUGGUAAUGAGACUCUUAGCCAUGCUAAGUGGAUCAUCCCUAUUGCAGUGGCAAUGUCUUGUUAUGGAGGAUUAAACUCAUCAAUUAUUGCAGCUUCCAGGUAUGUGGAAUUCAGAAAUUAGGACUGUGCAGAUGGAGCCAGUAGCAUUCUGCCAGAAAUGAUUUUACUGAAUAGAGUAUCAUACUGCUACAACUUAGCGAAGCUUCUGUCGCUUUUUCUCUUAUAAACUAAAUGGAUUGUGCUCCCGCCCCAAGAAAAAUCCAGCAGUAAAACGGCUGUAAAAUACAAUUGAAUGUCAGUUAACAGAGUCAGCUCUUACAUCUGAGAUUCUGCUGUGCAGAGCUAGUCAGUUUUAGGCAUUUAAUAACAAGGAUUAAUUGGGUUUAAUUCAAUUGCACCAUAAUAAAUUAUAAGAGGAUACAUAGCAGCGUGUAUUCUGUUUAUCUUUUUGAAUUUCCUGUGUGAAUUUUUUUAAAAACCUGUUCAGAACUCCAGAUCCUCAUUCCGCUGAAAGCUGAAGAGCUUAGAAUACUGUUCAUUGCAUUUUUUAAAAAAAAUACAAAUUAAUGGUAAUUCUGCAUACACUGGUAACUCAGCAGCAUGGAAAUGACAUGAGAAAAUGACAUGAGACUGAAAAGGACCUCAAAAGCACACUGCCACCUGGUGGUCUACUUUAGGAAUGCAGAAACCUUUUACAAUGGUACCUCGGGUUACAUACGCUUCAGGUUACAUAUGCUUCAGGUUACAGACUCCGCUAACCCAGAAAUAGUGCUUCAGGUUAAGAACUUUGCUUCAGGAUAAGAACAGAAAUCGUGCUCCGGCGGUGCGGCGGCAGCGGGAGGCCCCAUUAGCUAAAGUGGUGCUUCAGGUUAAGAACUGUUUCAGGUUAAGAACGGACCUCUGGAACGAAUUAAGCACUUAACCCGAGGUACCACUGUAUUGCCAUGCCUAAUUCCACUUAGGCCAAGCAUACAGCACCAAGCAAAUAUUCUCUGAUAAACCGUAUAAACAAAUAGCUCAGGAGUUCGGCAAAGAGUUCUGCUAGCGUAACAAGCUGUGGGAUGCGAGUCCCCCUUGUCACCUUGCAGCAGGUAUGGAGAACCAUUGCCCUUUGCUGAACUACAAUUCCCAUCAUCCCUGGCCAUUGACCAUGCUUAUUGCGGCUCACAGGAGCUGAAGUCCAGCAUCACCUGGAGGCCUAAGGGUUCCUCACACCUGUCUUGUAAUGCUGAUACCAGGGCUGGUGCAAGGCAUUUUGCCGCCUGAAGCAAAGGAAAUGAUGGCCAGUUCCGCCUGGAGACGGGCAACUGAAUUUCCCUUCAACACUGCCAACAGGGCAGCACCCUCUGCCGCAUCUGAGGGCAGCAGCUUAGCGGGGAGGCGGGGGGAGGAGGACAGGCCAAGCAUGGCACACACAGAACUCUUCCAUCCAACACCUUGCCACCAAUUCCUGCCCUCUGCAUUUUCCGCCUCCUACAGUCUAACAGCAGGGCCGGCCUGGACUGAGACACAUGAACAUGUACCCUUAUUCCUUUACCCUGCCCAUGUUACACUGGUGCAAUGAGAUCCUACGCUGAUUUUGAGGGCACAUUUAGCCAUUCCUUGCAGAUAGCAGUGACUAUGGGCUGAUUCAGAAGUUGUGAGCCUGGUGAAGUUGUCAUUUCCCUACGACCGGGUCCAGUAACAGGAAUUGUAUGGGAUGGCUGACACAGGAUCUCUCACCUUAGCACAGCAAUUGUGGAGUAACCACUUUCCAACAGAGGAAAGUGUCUGGCACCAGAGGCGGUUUUAGGGUGGCACAGCCGGUGCGGUGGCACUGGGUGCCCAUGCUGCAGGGGACGCCACAACAAUGCUAUAGACUGGAGCAUGAGAGUUGGGGGGACAGAUUUUAGCGUCGCACGGGGCGCUGCUUAAAUUUGAGAGCCCCGAGUCUGCCACUGCUGGCACCUUCAUCACACGGCUUUUGGCAAAUGCUGAAGACGCGCCUCUUUAUUGAGAUGUACAUUUUUAGGACCUGCCUCAGUUCUGUAAAUUUUAUUUUGAACUGUUCCUAAUAUUGUGUAAUAUUGUUUUUUAAUAUUUCUUUAGAGAGCCAUGUCACGUAUCACCUUAGAAUAUACUAGGACUGUGCACUGAUAAGACUUUUUUAAACCUUGCGGCAGGCUUUUCUACGUUGGAGCCAGAGAAGGACAACUCCCAGAUAGCCUGAGCCUGAUUCAUAUAAAGUGUUUCACACCUGUUCCUGCACUCGUUUUUAAUGUAAGUGAUUACAAAGUGUAAGAAAGAAAAGCUCUAGGACUUUUAACACAUUUUCAUUUACAGUGCUACCUCAGUUUUCAGACAUCUCCGUUGCUGAACAUUUCGGUUUUUGAAGGCGCCUCAGAAGUCAAAUGGCUUCCGUUGCGUGUUUCUCAAUUUUCUCAAUGAAAUUUGCAGACCGCCCUUUUCACCUCGGUUUUUGAACAUUUUGGAAGUCGAAUGGUCUUCUGGAAUGGAUUACGUUUGAAAACUGAGGUACCACUGUAUAUUUGUUUUGUUCUGAAAUUUACAUUCAGUGCAUUCUCAAUCCUACCGGUACUGCAUGAACUCAGCCAAGCAAACUCACUCUGUUCUUACCAGGCCAGUUCCUUGUUGUCAUCCUCACAACUAAGAACACACUCAUGGUAAUAGCUAAGUACAGUGACUUUUGGAUAUUCCCAUCCCUAUUAUACAAUUCUGAAGGGGACCACAUCAUCGAUUGUAUAUGCAGAUCCUGAUCACUCUGUGUGCAGUCUUGAUUGCUGGAUGCAAGCAUCUGGCCAAGGGAUCUGUUUAUGUAGUGAUCAGAUGUGCAGGAGGACUCCAGUCUGCUUUCUUGUUGGAUCAGAGGCACCUGUGACCAUUUCCAGCGCUCUUUUUCUAAAAAAAAAUGUUUAGGGAUACUCUCAUUUUGACUCAAGAAAAUCACCAUUUUAUAGUUCAAAUCGGGGGAAAUAAAUACAGUAAAUGGACAAAAGUACAAAGAUUCACAAAAUGUUUAGUGGUAUGCGUCCCCCUGCAUCCCCCCAGAAGAAAGCACUGCCCACAUCACAAAAUAUCAUGCAACCAUAGAAAAAGAAAACAAACUGUCAAAGGAUUUAAAAAAAAAAGGGACAAACCCUUGGAAGGAUUUAAAAAACUGCAUGUGCUUUUGCAGAAGAUUCCCAAAAUCUCAAAAAGGUUGCAAAAUGUUUUUGGCAGGCUUUAAAGCAAAGAACAUUGUGUGUAGUGUGUUAUCAAGUCUGUGUUUAGAAUGUGGUGUUUAGGAAAUUAUAUAUCUCUCUCUUUUCUUUUUGUUGUCUCUUUAUAGGGUUUAAUGACUUUGAUUUAUCUCCUUGUGGAAGAUGUCUUUCUGCUGAUUAAUUACUAUUGCUUCAGCUAUUGGUUCUUUGUUGGGUUAUCCAUUGCAGGGUUAAUAUACUUAAGAUAUACCCAGCCAGACAGGCCAAGACCCAUUAAAGUAAGUAAAUAGCAGAGCAGAAGCUUCAAAAUGUGUGCAUAGGUGUGAGUGCGUUGCAGCUUUGCUAUCAAGAACAUGUAGAAUCACAUUUUCUCAUGCUUAAAACCCCUUUAAACUGUGGUGCAAACUAAAUUGGUCCUUGAUACCCAUCUUCUCCUGAUAGCAUUGAGGCGAGAGAAAAAUUCCCUGGUCAGACCAUGACCUAGAAAUAUUCUGAGCAUCAAGUACAGUUAUUUAUCUUUUGGAAGCUGCUCUGUAAAUAGUGCUGCCGGCAUCUCAUGGAGGAAAGGCCUAUUGAUGGCUUCUAGGCAUGAUGGCUACAGUCUACUUCCACUAUCAUAGGCAAAAGUGCUUCUGAAUACCAGUGACUAGCAACUGUAGGAGGGGAGAAUGCUCUUUCGCUCUUCGCUCUCCUCUGGCAUCUGGUUGGCUAUUGUGAGAACAGGAUGCUGGGCAAGAAGGACCAUUGGCCUGAUCCAGCAGGCUCUCUUUAUGUUCAGCAGUGACAUAGCUGUGAUCAGGCAUGCUAUGGAGAUUCCAUUUUUAGUUAUCAUGGCUACUCUCCUGGGUUAUCCUGCCUGAGUAUUCAUACCCCAGGACAGCCUUCCUCAACCUGGUUCCCUAUGUACUGAAAUCUUGAAAAACUUUAUUGUCACUUGUACAACUUCUAUACAGUGAGAUUACAUGGACACCCCCCACUCAGCUCUCUUAGUCUAAAUUCCCUUCGUUUACUGAUGCAUACCCACCAAACCCGAAAGUCAGUUGCCUUGUUGUUAUCUUUUCAUUCAGCAGCCCAACAGCCCAUGGAUAGAAGCUGUUCUUUACCCUGUUGGUGGGACUAAUCAGGCUUCUAUAUCUUCUGCCUGAGGGCAGGAGAUCAAGAAAGUGCCGGCCAGGGUGUGAAUCAUUCCUGAGAAUUUUUCUCAUGGCAACGUUCUUCCGCUAUUUCAUCCAGCGGAUUCAUGGGACAGCCCAUAACAGCUUGUGCUGUAUUCACCACCCUCUGUAGGCUCUUCCUAUCAGCUGAUGUCAAACCAGUGUACCACACCGUGAUCCUUAACUCAAUAGUAUUUCAUCUGUAUACUAGAACCUAGUAUAUUGCAAUGUUAGCAGCUAUAGAAAUGCUUACACAAAAUGGCGGGGUUGUUGCUGGCAAUCACUGGCGGAGAGAGUGCUGUUGCAUUCAUCCAGCUUGUAGGAUUACAGGCAUCUGGUUGGCCACUGUGAGAACAGGAUGCUUAACUAGAUGAUGUUAUUAUAUGAUGUGGUGUCAUGCUGCAAUUUCCCCCACAGCCUUUCCUAUAACUUGCAUUCCUCUUUUUAUACCUGCAGCUCAGCCUCUUCUUCCCCAUUGUGUAUUGCCUGUGCACCCUUUUCCUAGUCAUAGUCCCACUCUUCAGCGACACAAUCAAUUCCAUUAUUGGAAUUGGUAUAGCACUCUCUGGAAUCCCUGCUUACUUUUUGGGAGUCUAUUUACCCGUAGAAAAGAGACCUUGGUACCUGCGAAGGCUUUCAAGUAAGAAGCGUUUAUUGUAUUUAAAAUGGGGGGUUUUGUUAUGUACAGUGGUGCCUCGCAAGACGAAAUUAAUCCAUUCCGCGAGUAUCUUCGUCUAGCAGUUUUUUCGUCUUGCUAAGCAACCCUAUUAGCGGCUUAGCGGAUUAGCGCUAUUAGCGGUUUAGCGGCUAUUAAAGGCUUAGCGGCUUAGCGGCUUAGCUGCUAAAAGGCUAUUAAAGGCUUAGCAGCUUAGAAAAAAGGGGGGGGAGCGGAAAAAAAUCUCAAGACUUGCAAGACAUUUUCGUCUUGCGAAGCAAGCCCAUAGGGAAAUUCGUCCUGCGAAGCGCAUUGAAAAACAGAAACCCCUUUCGUCUAGCGGGUUUUCCGUCUUGCGAGGCAUUCGUCUUGCGGGGCACCACUGUAAUUGGAAGUACUCCGAUGCAUGCUGAACUGCUAUUUAGGCAGCAAUACAUUAUGGCUUUUAGUGGAUUUUAAAGUAUUUAUGUCAACUCUUAUCUAAUAGUCAUAUCACUCAUUAUCCCAGGGGUAGCACACCUGGUUCUCUCCUGAUGUUUUUGGACUGCAGUUCCCAUAUGACCCAGCCAACAUGGCCAAUGGUCAAGAAUGAUGGGAAUUGUAAUUCAACAGUAUCUGGAGGGCACUACAUUGGCUAUCCCUCCAAUAUCACAACCCCCUUUGCAAUGGCCAGAUUGUCCUAAUGACGGAAAGGACUGCCAUGCUCACUAGGCUUUUGAUAUUAGGCAGAAACACCCUAUAUCAGUGAAGUUCUUAAUUUCAUAAUGUCAUAUCAUUGUUUUCUCUUGUAGCUACAGCCACUAAGUAUGCCCAGAUGCUGUUUUGUUGCUGUCUGACUGACCUGGAUAUUGAAACGGAGGCAUCGGAAACCAAAGCCAAGUAGAACAAAUUGGACUGUUUUCUCCACCUGAAGACUCCGGCGUCACUGGGACAUGUUCCCUUUGUCCUCCUGAGCCAUGCGAAGCCAUGCACAACUGUAUUGUGCAUCAUUUUGAUGUUCCUUAUUCUGUGCUGCACUCUUAGUCUUUCCUUUGUCUGAUUACCAGUUCAUGAGGAUGUCUCCAUGCUGAUUCAAUAGCUGGUAAUUAUACACUAUUUGAAAAAUAGAAGGUACAUUAUAUAGGAACAAGCAAUAAGUGCUAGGAUUUCUUUAAGGAGCUCAUUAUAGAUGUCUUCAGGUUGCCAAUUGAAAGUAGAGGUCUGGGAAGGAAAACGUAAAAUGAUGUGAAGAGGAGGAACUAAAAAUAAAUGUAUUUCCAACCUCAACCUUUCCCCCAAAAGGGCAUAGGAAAAAGCGUCCAUGUAUUAAAUUUUUAGUUCUAAGGUGCUGCAGGGCUGCAAACCUAUGCCCAGGAGCCCAACUGAACUCAAUGGGACUUCUGAACAGACCUGCACAGGAUUUUGCUGUAAGACUUUCACACAGAGAACGUGCAAAUUCAUUUCAUUCAGCGCUGGUUAAAUCAAAGUAGUAACACUGCAGUCUGAAUCUGUGGGGAACUGCAUUGCGGCAAUGGACUAUCAAAAUCGGUGGAAGGCUAUCAAUGAUACAGCAAGGAGUUGCCCUGUGCUCUUGAACUGAUCUUUGUACACCUGAUCUUCAGAUUCAGCACCAGUGCAGCACCUGCCAUUGGCUGUGUUGCACCCGGUACAUUGCCUUACUGCAGCAGUAGCCAAUGUGGUGGCCCCCAUCAAGUCCCACAUCCCACAUGGUCCAUGGUCAGGGCUCUCGUCAGGCAACGACUGGAGGCCACCACACUGGUGACUUCUGCCUUAACCCCUUGCAGGACUCCAUUGUGCUACAAAGGAAGGCAUGUUCAGUGACGAUCCAGGCAGUGUCUUCAGCAGAAUGCAAAGCAUUGUUGGAGAAGCACAGGUGUUCUGUUAUGGAUACAAUUCUGUACUCAGGAUUUAUAAUCCUCCUUGACAUUUUUUUUUAUUCCGAGUGUGGCUGAGCUGAGCUUGAUGUCUUUAUCCCACAUGCCAUGCUUAGGAUUUUUCUUUUGCUAGAUGUCUCUAUACUACCACAGCUAAAGGAGCAAAUUGUGCUGCCAGUGAUAAUUAUCUGUGCCGAACAACUACCGCUUUUUCCUUCUGAAUAUACAAUUGACUGAAUAGAAUGAACACAAAGCAUAAACUGAUCAACGUUUCCCCCCUUCCAGCCAAAGCAUUUUAUAUUACAAGCAACGCAUGUGGUAUUUGCAGCAGAGGGUGACUGCCUGUUAAAUAUGCUUCUGUUUUGAAUAAACUUGGGUUAAAAAAUGAUGUGAACGUUAUCUAGAGAUGUCAGAAAUAGUUGUGCCAAAGGACAUGCAGUCUUUGUGUUGUAUCUUUUUUUCUUAAAAAAUCAAAAUUUGUAACUAAAAGUAAUUUCUUUCCCCAUCCCACCACAAACAAAACCACCCCAACUCACUUCAAAAUUAUAACUAUCUUGAUGAAUGUUCCUUGAAUAUCUGCAUGUUCAGAGAAUAUUUGCUAAUUGACAUCAAUUACAGUCGAUCAGGUAUAUGAAGACGAGCAGCAAAGUCAGUCCUCAGGGAAUGUGCAGGCGACCUUGGAACGGACAGCUCACGGAAGAACCCCGACCAAACCUAAGAGGAGGCGUGUAGUGGUGAUAGGGGAUUCCCUACUGAGGGGAACAGAAGCAGUGAUCUGUGGGCCUGACAAGAUGUCUCGGGAAGUGUGCUGUCUCCCGGGCUAAGAUCCAAGAUGUAACUGAACGACUGCAAGGAAUCAUAAAACCCACUGACAAAUACCCCUUCCUCUUGGUUCAUGUGGGAACCAAUGACACUGCAAGCAAUAGCCUCCAGAAGAUCAAAAGAGACUACGAGGCUCUGGGCAGGAAAUUGAAGCAAUUAAAUGCACAAAUUGUCAUCUCAUCUGUCCUCCCAGUUGAACGACGUGGCCCAGGGAGAGAGGGAAAAAUAGUGGAAGUGAACAGCUGGCUUUGCAAAUGAUGUAAGCAGGAACGGUUUGGAUUCUUAGAUCACGGGCUGCAGUUUCUUGAAGAUGGAUUUCUGGCAAGCGAUGGGCUGCACCUCACAACGGUUGGGAGGAAUGUUUUUGCCAAAAAUCUCAGAAACCUCAUCAGGAGGGCUUUAAACUGACUAAUGUGGGGGAGGGAGACAGUGCUCCUGAAGGUAGGAGUCUAUCAAUUGACGAAGAUGAUCAUCCAAAUGUCAUAGACCAAAUGGAGCAAAUAGCACGCAGACCUAGUGGUGGGAGGAAAAAAUCUUUAAAUAAGAGACACGGGGGAAUGAUUAAUGGACUUCAAUGUCUGUACACUAAUGCGCAAAGCAUGGGAAAUAAACAAGAUGAGCUUGAGCUCUUGGUACAGCAAACUAAAUAUGACAUAAUAGGCAUCACUGAAACCUAGUGGGAUAAGUCCCACGAUUGGAAUGUAAUAAUGGAGGGAUACAAUCUAUUUCAGAGAAACAGACCAGACAAGAAAGGAGGAGGAGUGGCGUUAUAUGUCAGGGAUGUGUAUACCUGUGAAGAGAUCCAAGAUUUAGAACCUCAAAGCCAAAGUGAGAGCAUUUGGGUCAAAAUUAAGGGAGAGAAGAAUAACAGUGACCUCAUUGUGGGAGUUUACUAUAGAUCCCCAAGCCAAACGGAGGACAUAGAUGAUGCCUUCCUGGAACAGAUGGCCAAGCAUGCAAAGGGAAGGGAGAUAGUAGUAAUGGGGGACUUCAAUUACCCGGAUAUUUGUUGGAUGUCAAACUCAGCCAAGAGCAUAAGGUCAAACAGAUUCCUCACUGGCCUUGCAGACAACUUCAUUGUCCAGAAAGUGGGAGAAGCAACAAGAGGAACAGCCAUUUUAGAUCUGGUCCUAACCAAUGUUGAUGACCUGGUUAGUGGGGUAGAAGUGGAAGGAUCAUUAGGCGCGAGUGAUCAUGCUCUUCUGAAGUUUACUAUACAGCGGAAAGGAGCAGCCAAGCAUACUAGGACUCAGUUUCUUGACUUUAAGAAAGCCGACUUCAUAAAACUUAGGGAAGUGCUGGGUGAGAUCCCAUGGACAGUAAUACUAAAAGGAAAGGGAGUUCAUGAUGGCUGGGAGUUUGUUAAGAGGGAGAUAGUAAAAGCACAACGUCAGGCAAUACCAAUGAGACGGAAACAUGGAAGGUGCCUAAAGAAGCCAGGGUGGCUAUCUAAAGAACUUUUAACUGAGUUAAGAUUAAAAAAAGGAUGUGUACAAAAAUGGAAAAGGGGGAACCACCAAAGAGGAAUUCAAACAAAUAGCCAGCACGUGUAGACACAAAGUCAGAAAAGCUAAAGCACAGAAUGAACUCAGGCUUGCUAGACAGGUUAAAAGCAACAAAAAAGGCUUUUAUGGGUAUGUUCGUAGCAAAAGGAAGAACAAAGAAACAGUGGGGUCACUCAGAGGAGAAGAUGGUGAAAUGCAAACAGGGGACACAGAAAGGGCUGAACUCCUCAAUGCCUUCUUUGCCUCAGUCUUCUCCGAUAAAGAAAAUAAUGCCUGAUCUGAAGAAUUUGGAGCAAAUGAUUCAGCAGAGGAAACACAGCCCAGAACAACUAAGGAGAUAGUACAAGAAUACUUGGCUAGUUUAGAUGUAUUCAAGUCUCCAGGGCCAGAUGAACUGCAUCCAAGAGUAUUAAAGAACUGGCAGAUGUGAUCUCAGAACCACUGGCAGUCAUCUUUGAGAAUUCCUGGAGAACAGGCGAAGUCCCGGCAGACUGGAGGAGGGCAAAUGUUGUCCCUAUUUUCAAAAAGGGGAAAAGAGAGGACCCAAAUAAUUACCACCCAGUCAGUCUGACAUCAAUACCAGGGAAGAUUCUGGAGCAGAUCAUUAAGCAAACAGUCUGUGAGCACCUAGAAAGGAAUGCUGUGAUCACCAAUAGUCAGCAUGGAUUUCUGAAAAAUAAGUCACGUCAGACUAACCUGAUCUCGUUUUUUGACAGAAUUACAAGCCUGGUAGAUGAAGGGAACGCAGUGGAUGUAGCCUACCUUGAUUUCAGCAAGGCAUUUGACAAGGUGCCCCAUGAUAUUCUUGUAAAGAAGCUGGUAAAAUGCGGUCUUGACUAUGCUACCACUCAGUGGAUUUGUAACUGGCUGACUGACCGAACCCAAAGGGUGCUCAUCAAUGGUUCCUCUUCAUCCUGGAGAAGAGUGACUAGUGGGGUGCCACAGGGUUCUGUCUUGGGCCCGGUCUUAUUCAACAUCUUUAUCAACGACUUGGAUGAUGGACUCAAGGGCAUCCUGAUCAAAUUUGCAGAUGACACCAAACUGGGAGGGGUGGCUAACACCCCAGAGGACAGGAUCACACUUCAAAACGACCUUGACAGAUUAGAGAACUGGGCCAAAACAAACAAGAUGAAUUUUAACAGGGAGAAAUGUAAAGUAUUGCACUUGGGCAAAAAAAUGAGAGGCACAAAUACAAGAUGGGUGACACCUGGCUUGAGAGCAGUACAUGUGAAAAGGAUCUAGGAGUCUUGGUUGACCACAAACUUGACAUGAGCCAACACUGUGACGCGGCAGCUAAAAAAGCCAAUGCAAUUCUGGGCUGCAUCAAUAGGAGUAUAGCAUCUAGAUCAAGGGAAGUAAUAGUGCCACUGUAUUCUGCUCUGGUCAGACCUCACCUGGAGUACUGUGUCCAGUUCUGGGCACCACAGUUCAAGAAGGACACUGACAAACUGGAACGUGUCCAGAGGAGGGCAACCAAAAUGGUCAAAGGCCUGGAAACGAUGCCUUAUGAGGAACGGCUAAAGGAGCUGGGCAUGUUUAGCCUGGAGAAGAGGAGGUUAAGGGGUGAUAUGAUAGCCAUGUUCAAAUAUAUAAAAGGAUGUCACAUAGAGGAGGGACAAAGGUUGUUUUCUGCUGCUCCAGAGAAGAGGACACGGAGCAAUGGAUCCAAACUACAAGAAAGAAGAUUCCACCUAAACAUUAGGAAGAACUUCCUGACAGUAAGAGCUGUUCGACAGUGGAAUUUGCUGCCAAGGAGUGUGGUGGAGUCUCCUUCUUUGGAGGUCUUUAAGCAGAGGCUUGACAACCAUAUGUCAGGAGUGCUCUGAUGGUGUUUCCUGCUUGGCAGGGGGUUGGACUCGAUGGCCCUUGUGGUCUCUUCCAACUCUAUUAUUCUAUGAUUCUAUGACAUCCAGUCAUAUUUGAUAUGUAUGUAAUCCUAGCUCAUCCACUAACCCUGCUUCAGAAGGGUACUUUGGUACCUGUGGUUCAUAGAUAAGGUUAGAUCAUAGAGAAUUUCAAAGCCUCGGAUUCAUAACACUGGGCAACAAUUUUUUACUUUUACUUACUUGAAUGUUGUCUAGAUUUCUACAAUUGAUUUAGGGUAUUUUUGCACUGCUGAAUCAGGAAAUGGCAUCCGUUUCUCUCCAUCAGGUCAGGUUUUUGUGCUAUGUUGAUUUGAAAAAAAAUCAGAUCUUGUGACAAAAUCAAUUACAUUUUUGUGGCAUUAUCAGCUGGUUUUUGUCAACACAUAUCAUCCUAAAUAUGUUUUUAAGAGAAAAAAAUGUUUUUCCAACAACAUAUAUUGAUUACCUGAUAGAAACAUUGAUUACUGUAAACUGAAUGGUGGGCAUUGAUAAAGGUAAGUACACGUAAAUUGCAUGUUGCUUCACCAUUUUUCAAACUUCAGGGCUUGAACUUCCGUUUCUUGGAACUCCUGGAAUGCUCAGCGACAGGGAGGUCUCUCUUCAGAGUCCAACAGUAGUCAGCCAUCAUGACUGCGUCCCAGCGACCCUAAUACCUGGUCUCCAUCUCUUUCAUGUCCUGAUGGAAUCUCUCCCCCUGCUCGUCACUCAUUGAACCCAGGUUCUCAGGAAACUGGUCCAUAUGUGAAAAUAGGUAGUGCAUCUUGACGCUCAUGUUGCAGCCCAGGUUUCUGAAAGCAGUCAGCAUGUUGUUGACAAGUUCUGCGUAGUUUCUGGCCUUAUUGUUGCCAAGAAAGUUCUUCACUACCAGAACAAAUGCCUUCCACGCUUCCAGUUCCGCUUCGUUCACUGAGUUUCCGAACUCUGGAUCUCUGAUGAGCUGACGGAUCUGAGGAUCGUCAAAGAUGCCAGCUUUCAACUUCUCCAUGGUUAAUCCUGGAAAAGCCUGGCACAAGUAAGUGAAGCAGUCACCAUCCUUGUCCAGAGCCUUGGUGAACUGCUUGAUUAAGCCGAGCUUGAUGUGCAGCGGUGGGAAGAGUAUUCUGUCUCUGUCCACCAGAGGGUCGUUGAUGACGUUCCUUUCUUUGCAAGGCACCAAUUCCUCCCGCACAGGCCAGUCCUUCUUCGUGUAAUGCUGAGCACGGUCCCUACUAUCCCACAUGCACAGAAAACAUGGGUACUUGGUGAAGCCAGACUGUUGUCCUAACAAAAAGUUCACCAUCUUCAGGUCAACACAAAUAAACCACUUAUGCUGAUCAUAACCAAUUUUCUCCAGCACAUACUUCACUGCUUCAUAGUUCUCCUUCAGUGUAGUCGAGUGAGCCAGGGGUAUAGAGGCAAACUGGUUGCCGUUGUGUAGCAGAACACAUUUCAGUGAUCGCUUGCUGCUGUCAAUGAACAGUCUCCAAUCUUUGGGUUCGUACUGUGGCACUCCAAGCUUGAGCAGAAGCUGCGCAAUAUCUGCACAGUACACCAAGUCCUUCUCUUCCGAGAAAAAACGGAGGUAUUCUUGAUGCCUGUUGUGGAAGAAGCUGAUGCGAGCAGUCAGAGAGGAGGUUUUUUCUUCAAUCUGGAUGCCAACAGUUCGGCAGAGUCCUUUGACAAGCUGAGGUCGCGAACUAGAUCAUUCAACUCCUUUUGGGAAAAUGGAUGUGGAGCAUCAUCUUCAAGAACCACUUCUUCUUCUUCAUGUCCUUCAACACUGGAGGCAUCUUCGUCACUAAUGUCAGGAAGUUCUCCGAAGAUAGGCACUGGAAUUUCAUCACAAUGAGCUACAGGACGACGUGCUGAUUGAAGAUCAGGAUACUUGAGGCUGCUCUGGUUCUUUCUGUUGAUCCCACUCACAUCAACAGCGCAGAAGUAGCAGUCAGUGACAUGUUUUUUCGUCUCAAUCCAAACCAUGGGAAUUCCAAAGUUCAGACUCCUCUUGCCAUUGGUCCACCCACGUAGAGUCUCGGUGCAUGCCUUGCACACCAUGUGUGGCGCCCAAGCUUUAUCCUGGUCACCAAGUUUAAUACCAAAAUAAGCAUGGUAAGCAACUUUAUGCUUUGCCGCACCAAUUUAUGGAAGAUUUCGAGGUUUUAUGACUUCAAACUGAUCCCUUUUCGACAUAAUCACCCAGAACUAUCGGACCUGAAUACUUCUUGUCAUUAAAAUAAUCAUUUCCAAUCAAAACAAUUAUUCGACAUGGCAUUUUACCCCCACCAACUUCUUCUAAAAUGCUCCACACAAGCGUACAUGUGAACAAAAACGUAAAAAAAUGACAUGUGGCCAUAGCUCAAAAACUUGACCUGAUUGAGCAAAACCAAUGUGAUUUUUGGAUUCAGCGCAUCAGAUUCAUCCUAAAUCAACUGAAAAAACGCAGACAACAAAUUUGUUGUUGACCAGUGUAAUGAAUGGUGCAGUCCUUCCAAGCCAAUUGCUUCUGUGUCUCCCAACCAGAGGCUAAAAUAAAUCAGUAGAGUAUGGAGUCCCACAGUAACUAAACCAGUCCCAGCAGGAACAUACUUAAAAUGAUCACUACUAGAUAUAGUGUCAGUCUUCGUGGGAACAAUAUAGACUGGACUCCAGAUUAGUCCUCAUCUAAUAGCAUAUUUGACUGACUUCUUAAGAAAGCUCACUGCUUCCCCCCCCCAACCCCCCCUUGAAGCUGCUUUAGCCCCCCACCCCCCAUUAUUCUUGUAUUGUCUGAAUGCCCUGAAGCUACUUAACUCCACUUUUUCCUCUGGCAGAGGAUGAGGGAGAGCAUCAUUUGUUUUUUGUCCUCAGGUUUUAAAGAACAAAUAGGCCCUGCUUAUGUGGCCAGGGGAUAUGUGAAAUCUAGAUAAAAUUAGCACUGUUGUUCUUUACCUACUGCCAAACAUUUUACAAUGGGGGAAGGUGUUAAAACAAAUAACCGCUGCUGAAAAGUUUACUUUAGUUGUUCUCAGAGUAACACCAGGGUGUGGGAAUAGGGAACUUUGAGUCAUUCUUAAAGAAAGCGUUCUCUCAGAAUGUUGGCAAACAUGGAGAACAUUUCAUUUCCUUUGUAAUAGAAGUUAAGUUGACUUUUGGGAAAAGAUGAAAGGCAAAUGUUGGCAGGGUAAUAACUGACAGUGGCAGCCAAGACAGUGGCAGAAUCAAAUGCAGAGCGGCACAAAUUCAGAUUAGUGACACUCUGGAGAAGAACUGGGAGCUCAUUUUGUUGCAAAAAAGAGGGUUCAGAAAUGGCUUGCAUCCAAUGGUGACUGACUGGUAAACAUUAUAUAUUAGUACUUACACAAAAGAUAGUUAGCAUUCUAAUAAAUAUUUAUUUGUUUGUUUGUUUGUUUGUUUGUUUCAUAUGUGCAAUGAGCUUAAAAGGAGAGUCCGCUACCUUCCAAGGGAAUCAGUUCUAUUGUCAAAACAGCUCUUGCUGAUGUUUAGUCAGAAUCUCCUUUCUUUUAACUUGAAGGAAGCCAUUGGUUUGGGUCCAAUCUUUUACAGCAGGAGAAAUCAAGCUUGCUCCAUCUUCCAUGUGACAGCCUUUUAGAUACAGUAUUUGAAGAUGGCUAUUCUCUUUUACCAGGUUAAACAAACCCAACUCACUCAACCAUUCCUCACAGGGCUUGAUUUCCAGACCCUUGAAAAUCUUGGUCACCCUCCUCUGCACAUGUUCUAGCUUGUCAAUAUCCUUAAAUUGUGGUGCCCAGAACUGGACACAGUAUACCAGGUGUAGUCUGACCAAGGCAGAAUAGACUGGUACUAUUACUUCCCUUGAUCAGGGCACUAUACUUCUGUGGAUGCAGCCUAGAAUAGCAUUAGCCUUUUUUGGUGCUGCAUCACACUAUUGACUCAUGGUAAGCUUGUGGUCUACUAAGACCCCUAGAUCCUUUUCACAUAUACUACUAGCAAGCCAGGUGCCCCCCAUCUUAUAUUUGUGCAGCUUGUUCUUCCUACCUAAGUGCAAAACCUGACAUUUGUUCCUAUUUAAAUUAGCUUGGGCCCAGUUCUCCAAACUGUUAAGGUCAUAUUGUAUCCUAAUUCUGUCUUCUGCAGCAUUAGUUACCCCUCCUAGUUUGGUAUCAUCUGCAGAUUUGAUGAGCAUCCUCUCAAUUCCUUCAUCCAAGUAAUUUAUAAAAACCUUGAACAACAACAAGCCCAGAACAGGAGAGGUGUGAAAAUGUCUUCUUAUCCAUUACCAUCCAUUUCCCACUUGUAAUAAAAAGUCCAUUUGCAAAAGACAGCUAUCUACUAUUCUGGUUGGGUAGCUGCAGACAGAAAAUAGCAGUUUAAAAAACCCAAUCAAGGCUGAAGUUCAUUUUAUUGUAACCUAUUAAACACUCUUCGAUGCCCAUAAAUGUUCUUUGCUAUAUUUAGGGGGCCAGAUCACCAAUUUGCUUCUUCUAAUGGUGUCGGUGGAUGAAAACCUAGCAACAGGGCAUACAAGUUCAAACUGCUAUUGGAAUAAAACCUGCCACCACUGGAAUGAAAUAACUUUCAUUAGGGAGAAAUGCAUAUUAUGUUUUUAUGAGCUGUCCCUUAUCUCUUGCAGAAAGCUUUCAUAUUGCUUAUAAAAAAUGUGUCAAAUGCAACACAGGAGUAUUCUGAGUUUGGGGAAACCUCCUCAGCAGCAGAAGUAAUUGCUAGGUGGAGAAAUUCUUCUUCUUCUUCUUCUUCUUCUUCUUCUUCUUCUUCUUCUUCUUCUUCUUCUUCUUCUUCUUCUGGAAUUUUAAUAAUCUAGAUUUUCAAGAUAACCUGCAAAAGAGAACCAUAAAACAAAUAUGAAACAGAUCAAAAAUAUCAGAAACAAUGGCAAUUAUCAUGGCAACAGUAAAAAUACAAAAAGCAGUAGAUAUAAAAUUAGUUAAAAUCAUGGGCAUUUUUUUAAAAAUGUCUUAGUAAUAAUAAUAAUAAUAAUAAUAAUAAUAAUAAUAAUAAUAAUUUAUUAUUUGUACCCCGCCCUUCUGACUGGGUUUCCCCAGCCACUCUGGGCAGUUUCCACAAAGACCAAAAAUACACUAAGAUGUCACACAUUAAAAACUUCCCUGAACAGGGCUGCCUUAAGAUGUCUUCUGAAUGUCAGGUAGUUGUUUAUCUCUUUGACAUCUGAUGGGAGGGCGUUCCACAGGGUGGGCGCCACUACCGAGAAGGCCCUCUGCCUGGUUCCCUGUAGCUUUGCUUCUCGCAAUGAGGGAACCGCCAGAAGGCCCUUGGCGCUGGACCUCAGCGUCCGGGCAGAACGAUGGGGGUGGAGACGCUCCUUCAGGUAUACUGGGCCGAGGCCGUUUAGGGCUUUAAAGGUUAAAGCCCUAACUUUAAUCCAACACUUUGAAUUGUGCUCAGAAACGUACUGGGAGCCAGUGUAGGUCUUUCAAGACCGGUGUUAUGUGGUCUCGGAGGCCGCCCCCAGUCACCAGUCUAGCUGCUGCAUUCUGGAUUAGUUGUAGUUUCCGGGUCUGAAAUGUGGCUCUCCGGGCAACCCAGUCACAUAGCAGCUUGUAAAUAAUAGUAAUUAUUAUUAAGAAAGCCUACAGAGUGGCAAGGAUAUAUAGAGAAUGACCUCUGGUGCCAGACUUAACAAACAGGUAGGUUUCCUUUUUGAAAAAGAAAAGGGGGCACAGCUAAAAUUUUCAAUGAAUAUAUCCCCUCCACAGACACCUCUGUGAUGAUGACGGUAUUAAAAUAUCCUGUUGUUCUUCACUAAAAGAGAAAAGGGGAGACCAGAUAGUAUCAAAGCUAUCUUUUUUGGAGAUGCGCUUGAUUAGUCACCAAUGGUGUGUGUGGCAUUCUGAUAGAGCAAUACUCCAGAUAUUAUUAACCCAAGCCUCUAUUGGUAUAUUAGAGGUUUCCUUCCAUUGUUGUGAAAAGGAAAAGUGGCGGAAAGUAAGUGGCAGUGAUUUAUGCAAGCGCCGCUGAAUCCUUGCCUGGCUUGGAACAAUGCAAACACAAAACCAACACACAAUAAUGCAAAUGUGGUGUACUAGAAGUUGAACCCACCGUGUUCAGUGAAGCUUACUCCCUAAGUAAAUGUGUUUGGGACUGCAGGCUUAGCUGCAUAGGUUUUUGCUCAUUGUGGUUUUUGAUUAACAGACAUUUGAUCCUUAGGAAGAUGCAGUUAUUCAGCCAUUUAUAUUGUGUUAAUCAAUUUAAUAGAAAAUGAUCCUUUGGGGGGGAAAUCAAAAGUGCUUACCAAUUAAAAAUAGUGUCUAUGGAAAGAAAGCAAUGGUUUUGACCUUUCUACUGUUAUUGAAUGGUAAAUAAAGGCAUCUAUUGUUGGAGCUAGAAAAAUGUCUCGUCUGUAGUGGAAGGGAUUUGUUUAUGGAAUGACAGUGUUCAUUUCUAUUUUUAACCAGGCUGCUUGUUUUUAUGUAACUAAAGGGCCAAUUCCUGCAAUUGCUUUUGGGGUUAUUUAUUAAUUUAUUUUUAAUUAAACAUGAAGCCUUGCCACACAACCAUAUUAUUUACACAAUAAAUCUGCUUCGCUAGUGCAAGAUACAAGUAUUAACACCUUUCCUUAGCAGCGAAUCUACAAUACUAUGUUAUUGUGCAAUCUCUACUCAACAAACCAAUCGAUUGCAGAAGAGCCUAGACUACUUAAUUUACUUUUCACAUUGCUAUCAGUCACCUUUUACAUUAUUUAAUGUAAUACAACCUUCUGGCUUCCCACUUGGGAGGAGGGAGCCUUGAAGCCAAGUUAUUUAAACAUUAGCCCGAUCCAAAAGUCCUGU